UAUAAAUAUGACUCUUACUCUUACACUCUCUCUCAAGUGUGGAGAAGAACCUUUGGUUUCCUACUGGUUUUGAGUUAAGCCCUUAAAAGCCAAUGGCUGGAAGGUUGUCAUGUUUAGACUCGCACAGUAAUCAGGUCGCGAGCGAGUCAGCGCACGGUGGCCAAUUGCUUGAGUCCAAGUCCAAAAGGUGCGACUCCUGUGUAGAGAAGAACCAAUUGUGCAAGUGUGGUAGCAAAGAAGGGGAAUAUGUGAGUUCAAAUUUGAAGGGUAAGGUGGGGGUGAGUGGAGUUCGGCACCACCUGAAGGCCUCUAGCUCUUUCCUUCACUCUGUUAUCAACAUGGUUGGAAUGCUGAUAGGGCUUGGGCAGUUAUCCACUCCAUAUGCUCUCGAGAAAGGUGGGUGGAGCUCAAUAUUUUUGCUUAUAGGAUUUGGAAUAAUAUGUACAUAUGGAGCGCAUGUGAUGGGAAGAUGUCUAGAUGAAAACCCGAACUCCAAAAACUUCCAAGACAUUGGAGAUCAUGCAUUUGGAAAGAAGGGUAGAAUUGUGGUUGCAGCCAUUAUAUAUCUUGAGAUCUUCCUAACUUUGGUGAAUUACACAAUCUCUUUAGGAGACAAUCUAGGAACCAUAUUCAUCAACAAAUCCAUCGGUGUAGCGGCCUAUGUUCACCUAUCUCCAACACACUUCCUAACUGUGUUAGCAGUGUUGAUGGCAUUGCCUAGUCUAUGGUUGAGCGACCUCUCCUCCAUAUCAUUUCUCUCCUCAGGGGGGAUUGUGAUGUCUCUCCUCCUCUUCACCACAAUUGGAUGGACUGCAGCUCUCGGUGGUUCAGCAGUGAAUCAAAGAAUACCUCCUCUUCAACUUCACAACAUUCCAGGCAUAUCCGGUUUGUACAUGUUCAGUUAUGCUGGCCAUGUUGUUUUUCCUAACAUUUACAGAGCCAUGAAGGAUCCCUCAAAAUUCACCAAGGUCGCGAUCGUUAGCUUCACAGUGGUGACUAGUCUCUACACAGCCAUAGCCUUCACUGGUGCAAAGCUGUUUGGCCCCGGCAUCAAUCCUCAAGUGACCCUCAGCAUGCCUCGUGACAACGUGAUGACCAAGAUCGCACUGUGGGCCACCGUGAUCACCCCCAUGACCAAAUACGCACUAGAGUUCUCACCCAUUGCACUCCAAAUCGAGAACAAACUCCCUUCCACUCUAGGCCCCAGAUUAAGAAUGGUCAUUAGAGCAAGUAUAGGGUCCAUGAUCCUCCUGUUAAUCCUUCUCUUGGCACUCAUCUUCCCUUACUUUAGUGAUGUCCUUGGUUUCACAGGCUCUCUCCUUUGUGUCUUUGUCUCCAUCAUCUUUCCUUGUGCCUUUUAUACCAAGAUCUUUCGGUCCCAACUCUCUAAGCCCAUAGUGGCCCUCAAUCUUUUAUUCAUAACCAUUGGGGCCUUCUUUGGAGUGGUUGGGACCAUUGCAUCCGGGAAGUCCCUCCUACUCAACAUAAGCCAGGGCUCUAGUACAAAGUGAGAAAGCAAGGAAAACCCUCCUUUUU